AUGAUCGAAUCCCAAAGGACACGUGUCAGAGAAGCCCUGCUGGAGUUCACCCCGACAGCUCGGCUCGCCGGGUUCGUCCUGGACAUGUUCUGCACCUCAAUGCUGGACGUGGCGGAAGAGUUGGGCGUUCCCUCGUACCUUUUCUUCCCCUCCGGCGCCGCUUUUCUCGGCUUCACGUUCCAUAUCCAGACGUUGCACGACGAGGAAGGAUUCGACGCAGCCGCCGCCGCGGAGUCCACCGAGGCUGAGUUGGUUUUCCCGGGUUUGGUCCGCCCGCUCCCGGGUAAGGUCUUGCCUUCAGGUCUUCUGCACGAGGAAUGGGCGGCUGCAUCGUAUAGAAUGGCAAGAGAUUUCAGGAAAAGCAAGGGCAUUUUGGUCAAUACGGUGAAGGAGUUGGAGUCAUAUGCGGUCGACUCCCUCUCCCGGACCGAGAACCCGAAGGUGUAUCCGGUGGGACCCAUUUUGAAUCUGAAGUCCGGCGACACGUCGUUCGAGUCGAGCGGAUUUGAGGACGGCAAGGUGAUUCGAUGGCUGGACCGGCAGCCGGAGUCGUCGGUAGUGUUCCUCUGCUUCGGGAGCAUGGGAGGGUUCUGUGCGGAACAAGUGAAAGAGAUCGCUCGCGCUCUGGAGGGCAGUGGCCAGAGGUUUCUGUGGUCCUUGCGUCGACUCGAAGGGGGACCGGCGCUUCUCCCAAAAACAACCGAUUACGGAGAUGUUAGGGAGGUUCUGCCAGAAGGGUUUGUUGAUCGUAUGAUGGAGGUUGGCAGGGUGAUAGGGUGGGCACCACAGGCGGCCAUGCUGGCUCACGGGUCCAUUGGAGGGUUCGUGUCACACUGCGGGUGGAAUUCGACGCUGGAGAGCAUGUGGUUCGGGGUGCCCAUGGCCGCGUGGCCAAUGUACGCGGAGCAGCAAUUCAACGCUUUCUUGCUGGUGAAGGAGCUGGAGAUCGCCGCAGAGAUCAGGAUGGAUUAUCGAACUGAAAGCGGAGAGAUUGUGAGAGCCGAAGAAAUCGAGAGAGGAAUCGGGAGCUUGAUGGAGCAAAACAACCCGAGGACGGAGAGGAUGAAAGAAUUUCGCAACAAGGUCAGGGCUGCGUUGAUGGAUGGCGGAUCUUCAUCAUCUUCAAUCGCUGAGUUUGUUGAAGAUAUCAAGCAGCAGCAGCAUCAAUUGAUCUUUAUCCCAUUCCCAGCCGCCGGCCACCUCGUCUCCAUGGUGGAACUCGCCAAGCUACUCGUCCGCCGCCACUCCACCCUCGCCGUCUCCAUCCCCAUCGUCACCUCCCCCUCCACAGCCGCCGCCGUCACCCGCUACAUCGACUCACUCGCCCCAACCCCGCGCGUGAACCUCCUCCGCCUCCCCAAAGACGACGGCGGAGGCCAGCCAUCCCCCGCCGCCAAUUUCACCCCUAUGAUCGAGUCUCACAAGCCCCGAAUCAGAGAAGCCGUCUCCGCCGAGCUCGCUCGCUCCGGGGCUCGACUCGCCGGCUUCGUCCUCGACAUGCUCUGCACCUCGAUGUUGGAUCUGGCGGAGGAAUUCGGCGCUCCCUCGUACAUUUACUUCACCUCCGGCGCCGCUUUCCUCCGAUUUCAGCUCCACGUCCAGGAAUCCCACGACGAGGAAGGGUUUGACGUUACCGAGCUCAAGGAAGCCGAGUUGGCUUGCCCCGGUUUGACCCGCCCAGUUCCAAGUAAGGUUAUCCCUUCCGGCUUCCUGAACAAAGAAUGGGUGGCUUUGGUAUACACAAUCACAAGGAAUUUCAGGAAAACGAAGGGUAUUCUGGUCAAUACGGUGAGGGAGUUGGAGUCGUACGCGCUCGAGUCUCUCUCCCGUGGGAAGAACAUCCCCAAGGUGUAUCCGGUCGGACCAAUUUUGAACCUGAAGGGCGAGAAGUCGCGUAGGGAGGACGACGAGACGAUCGAAUGGUUAGACCAGCAACCAGAGUCGUCGGUGGUGUUCCUCUGCUUCGGGAGCAUGGGAGCCUUCCGUGGGGAGCAGGUGAGAGAGAUCGCCUCCGCGCUGGAGGGAAGCGGGCACAGGUUUUUAUGGUCCCUGCGUCGACCUGGGGAAGGAGGACCGUGGGCUAGCCCGACGGAUUAUGAAGAUGUCAGGGAGGUUUUGCCGGAAGGGUUUCUCGACCGGACGGCGGAAGUAGGAAGGGUGAUGGGAUGGGUGCCACAGGCGGCUGUUCUGGCUCAUAAGUCGAUCGGAGGGUUCGUAUCUCACUGCGGGUGGAAUUCGACGCUGGAGAGCGUGUGGUUUGGGGUGCCGAUGGCUACAUGGCCGAUGUACGCGGAGCAGCAGUUCAAUGCGUUCUUGUUGGUGGAGGAACUGGAGAUAGCCACGGAGGUUAGGAUGGACUAUCGGAGCGAGAGUGAGGAGGUCGUGUCGGCUGAGGAACUGGAGAGAGGAAUCAGAAGCUUGAUGGAGGAUUGCUCCAGGAAGGGGAGAAUGAAGGGAUUUAGUGAUCUAGUCAGGGGUGCAUUGACAGAUGGCGGAUCUUCUUCGUCUUCGAUCGCUGAAUUUAUUGGAGAUGUGAGUAACAACGAUCUAUGA